CUCCUUCCUAUCCAUCCGUCACGGCCGGGUCGUGACCGAUACCGCCGGCCGCCGCGCGACCGGCUCUACGCGGACCAAGCCAGCCGCUGCCGCUCCACGGUCCUCUCUCGCCUCCCUCAACUCUUGCGACUCUGCUCUCUCCUCUGUCAUUAAAAGGGAGUUUUCUCUCAUUCUCCUACUCUACAUCGCCACCCUGCGCAUCCUCUCUCUCCGUGCCGAGCCGGCGACAAGAACAUCGCCAUCAGUUCGCGCAUUACACAUUAUGGCUAUAUAUGCUGCAUCUUUCGUAUCAUUGGAAGAUGCAUUGAGCUCUCCAAACAACUCACAAGUUGAUUUAAUAGCGGUUGUGGCUCAUGUCGGGUCGUGGGAUUGCCAGACCUUGUUUCCUAAUUCAUUUAGGGAGCUUGUACUCAAAGAUAAUAGCCGGAUUGGAUUUCUCCGUGUGUUCACGUACGAUGCUGAAGAAAACUACCAUAUGUUUUUUUCAGCCGGUACUGAAAACUAUUUUGUCAUUGCCAUUAAUGUGGUUGUGGAUUCUUAUGCACGUUGUUUGAUAAUGUCAGAACAUAGUUCUAUGAUUUUUGUGGGACCAUGGGAUUAUUGUCCUAUUUUUGCAUCUCUAAGAGCUAUCAGGGACGAAAUGCGAAACUUCGCUUGUUACAAUGACCAAAUUAAAAUUGCACUCAGCGCUCGAGCUAAUGAGGUCAAGCGGCUUGAAUACGAAGAAUGUGCAGCAAUGUCAAACAACCAGGGUGUUAUUAGUUACGUUAAUGGUUGCAAUAUUGAAGAGGUAGAUGAAGAAGUAUUUGUGAUUAAACAUUAGUAUAUUGUUGUACUUAGAUUCUUCAAAUCAACAUGUUUGAUACAAAUGAAUGUAUCGACGCUGCACAAUUAGGUACAAUGAUAAGAGAGAGCUCCCAAUUUGAUUCAAAAGCAAUUACCAAGCUGGCAACCUAAUUUGCUAGCCUUGUUUAGAAGCGAAAAGAUUUUGGGUUUUGCUACUGUA